AUGGCGGCGGCGCCGGGGGCCGACAAGCCCCCUUCUCGCUCCUUCGCUGACAUCCUCUCUAAAUCCUCUGUUGUCUCCAACCUCAAACCUCCAAGCAAAUUCAAAGGAAUGCCAGCUGUUGCUUUUUCAGAUCAAGAAAUUCAUCGUUUCUCUCAAAAAUUUAAAUUUGCUCUUAUCGGCAAGUUCAAUAAAGGGCGCCCAACAAUGGCAGAUCUACGAAAAACGUUCGAUCUUAUCGGAUUUGGUGGAGCCUUUUCCCUUGGCUUGAUUGAUCAACGACAUGUCCUCAUCAACUUCGAUCUUGAAGACGACUUUCAGCGCUGCUGGCUCCGAAAAUCUUGGUCGAUUCAAGGUUACUUCAUGAAUAUCUUCAAAUGGACGCCAGAUUUUCGUCCAGACAUCGAAUCGCCAAUUGUCCCUAUUUGGAUAGCAUUUGAAGGCUUGCCAACACAUCUACAGGACAAAGAAGCUCUUUGUUCAAUUGCCAAUCUCAUAGGAACUCCUUUAAAAGUUGACUCCUCCACUUUGCUGCAAAACCGACCAUCCAUAGCGCGUGUCUGUGUGGAACUCAAUGUUAGCAUUGAAAAACCAGAUCAAGUUUGGAUCACCAACGGUUCUUUUGGAGGUUUUGCCCAACCGGUUAUCUAUGAGUAUAUACCGCCCUACUGUCUUAACUGUCAAAAGUUUGGUCACCUUGUCUCAGAUUGCAAAAUCACUCGAGCUGCCAAGAUCCCCCAAGAGUCAAGCCAAGAACAACACAAAGAAUACCGCCAAGAAACCUUUCCCCUCCCUCAACAUUCUGCACCGACCAUUGUUCCCCCAAGAAAAAGAUGGCGUCCAGUCAUAAAUCAACAACCUAAGGAGCAGCAAGGAGAAGGAUCCUCUCUUCCGCCACCUGAACCAGAAAAGCCACAAGAACCAGAAUCAUCAAAUGGAGAAGGAGCCUCUCUUCCACCACCUGAACCAGAAAAGCAAAAAGAACCAGAAUCAUCAAAUGCAGCUCAUGAUUCAAUCCCAGAUAACAACGCUAAUUUGGGGUUGACCCUUAUCGAUGAUCAUGGCAUCCAAUCUGAAAACCAUUCUGACUCCCAUCCUGGCCACCAAUCAGACGGAGAUGUACCUCAAAACGCACAGAAUAGCUCUUUACCUCCACUGGAAUCAUGGAAAACAUCAAGUCAUCUCAUCACCUCCAGAAUUGAAAAAUCCACACCGAAUGAUUUUAUUGCCGCCACAAAGAAAAAAUCUCGGCCAAGAAAGGACUACUCUGAGUCUGCUCCAUCUGUCACUACUCGCUUAUCAGUGGGUGGAUUUGCAUCAGAGAAAACGAAAGUUUGGCUUUUCUGGUCGGACUCCUUCGAAGUUGAUAUUGAGAUCGACAAUGAGCAAUUUAUAUUUUGUAAUGUUAGCUUUGUCCCUUGGCAAUUCAACUUCAGUUUUAUUGCUGUUUAUGCAAAACAUACUAGAGCAGACAGAGCUCAUCUAUGGAGGCAACUUAAUGAGCUAAUUGAUGAUACCAAACCUAUCCUUCUGGGAGGAGACUUCAACGUCAUAUCAAGCAUUGCAGAAUAUAGAGGAAACGCAUCCCCCGAUCUUGGGAGCAUCUCCGAUUUUUCAGAAUUCAUCAACGACAGUUCCUUAAUUGAUUUGGCUACUUUGGGAAAUCAGUACACAUGGCAUGGAGUUAGAAACACUGGAGAUGUUUGGAAGAGAUUGGACAGAUUUUUAAUGACUCCAGCAUGGAGAGAUUACCUAUCGGAGAUCAGAAUCAUUGUCCACGCUCGAACGACCUCUGACCACUCCCCUAUCCUUUUAUGCGGGGAUAAUGCAAACGUCUCAUGCCCAAAGCAAUUUCGAUUCCAAAGCAUGUGGACCACUCACCAUGGUUUUCUUGAAGAAGUAAGAUCAAACUGGUAUUUACCAGCAGAUGGAGGAGGUAUGCGUGCUCUGGCCUUUAAACUUAAACGGUUGAAACAAGCUCUUCGCUCUUGGAACCGAGACAUCUUUGGCAAUGUUUUUGAUCGCAUUAAAAAUCAUGAGAACUUAGUAGCUGACAUAGAGAAACAAUAUGACAAUUGCCCUUCUCCAGAAAAUCGUGCUCUGUUGCACAAACAUCAUGCAGAUCUUCUUUUAGCUCUUAAACAAGAAGAGAUAUUCUGGAGACAAAAGGUCAGGGUAAAAUGGCUAAAGGAAGGAGACGCCAACACUAGAUUUUUUCAUGCCACGGUCAAGGACAGACAUCGCAGACAAAGAAUUUGUGCCAUCAAAAAUGAUUCGGGUAAUCUACUUACCACACAACCUGCGAUCCAAGAAGAAGCCAUCUCUUUUUACACCAAGUUAUUCAAGGCCGAGGAUUGCUUUGAGAUGGAAUCUAUUCUGCAAAACCUCCCAAUUAGCUUGGAAGUUUCUGACAAUUUUUCUUUGACAAAGCCACUCACUCGUGAAGAGAUUAAAGAGGCAGUAUGGAAACUAGACCCCGAUAGCGCGGCCGGCCCAGAUGGUUUUUCUGGCACUUUCUUUAGACACUGCUGGGAAAUUGUUCACGAAGACGUCUAUCUUGCAGCGCUUGAUUUUUUUGCAGGAGUGCCCAUCCCAUGUGCUAUUGCAAGUGCGCAACUAGUUUUGAUCCCAAAGGUUAUCAAUCCAGACACUUUUGCUGACUUCAGGCCUAUCAGUUUAUGCACUUUUAUCAGCAAGGUCUUCACAAGAAUUCUAGCUACUCGCCUGAGUAAACUUUUGCCCAAAUUGAUUUCUAAAGAACAGACAGGUUUUGUUGAAGGAAGAAACAUUCAAGACAAUAUUCUGCUGGCACAAGAAUUGCUUCAAUAUAUCGACAAAAAGUGUCGUGGAAAUAAUGUUAUGGUUAAACUGGAUAUGAUGAAAGCUUUUGACAGAGUAUCUUGGCCUUUCUUGAAGGCAGUACUCCACAAGUUUGGCUUCUCAAUCAAAUUCAUUAACCUUAUCAUGAAUAAUCUUGCAGCGACUAGACUUUCUGUCUUGAUCAAUGGAGUCAGCAGCGGUUUCUUCCAACCAACUAGAGGUGUUAAGCAAGGCGACCCCCUAUCACCUCUUUUGUUCAUCCUUGUUUCGGAGGCAUUAUCACGCUCCCUCAUUCUUAAAAUGGGCACAGGUAUGAUUUCGCCUUACUCGACAAGAGUUCAAUGCCCAACCAUUUCACAUUUAGCCUUUGCAGAUGACAUCAUAAUAUUUAUAAAUGGAUCAUCAAACUCCCUCAAGGCCUUGACGGAAUCAUUAAGACAAUAUCAAGCAGGUUCAGGGCAACUGAUCAAUUAUAAUAAAAGUUUCUUUGUCACUUCCAAACAUUGCUCAGCGCAGAGAACGGCCACAAUGUCACGAAUCUUAGGCAUGCAACGUUCAAUUAUGCCUUUUCGCUAUCUGGGAGUGAACUUAUUCCACGGUAGAAAUAGGCUCAUAUAUUAUCAAAGUCUGCUGGAAAAAGUGGAUGGAAAACUUCAAAGUUGGACCAGAAGAUUACUUUCCCCGGGUGGGCGUCUCACACUUAUCAAACACGUGCUAUCAAUGAUUCCCAUCUACACAAUGGCUACUAUAGCGCUGCCGCGCCAAAUUGUGAAGACUCUUGAAUCUAAGUUUGCCAACUUUCUCUGGGGCACUAGUGAGGGAAGACCGAAACGUCACUGGGCAUCCUGGAAAAAAUUAUGCUUACCUCAGAAAGAAGGGGGUUUGGGUGUUCGCUGCUUCUCAUCAUUGCAACAUACCUUCACUGCUAAACUCUACUUCAACUUCAUGCAAGGGAGAUCACUAUGGAGCACCUUCAUGCAAACUCGAUAUUCAGAGGAUACUCCCAAGAUUUCUGACUCUACAACUUGGCGGCGCAUGCAGGAGAUGGCAGAAUUUCCUUCAACAUAUGGAAAUUUUUCCUUCUCUUCGGCUUAUGACUCUCUUCGACCAAAAGCAGGAUUAACACUAUCUUCAGAGUGUAUCUGGGGAGGGGGAAUUCCCACCAAAAUUUCGGUUUUCAUGUGGAAACUCUUGAGAAGACUUCUUCCAUUCCCAGAUGUGGUAGAACGCUUUGGUUUUUGUCUCCCAUCAAUCUGCCCUUUUUGUCUUGGAGCAAGUGCAAGCUUAGACCAUUGUUUACUUCUCUGCAACCGUGUUCAAAAUGUUUGGAACUACUUCAGUGGUGUUUUCGGACUCCCCUUACUCAACACUUCCUCUGUUAGAUCAAAAUGUCACGCAUGGUGGUUAUCAUCAUCCCCAAACUCGGCAGUUGGCUACAUUACGCGCCUCAUGCCUAGUCUGGUGCUAUGGUUUUUAUGGGUUGCUUACAAUGAAUCCAUCUUUGAAGGAUCAGCCUUCUCUGCCACAAGAACCAUUAAAAGAAUCAAACGAGAAUCUCUAUUAAUUUCCCUCUCUCGGUCAGUUCGUAAGCAACACUCGUCGGAUUCCUUUUUACUAUCUGAAGGUUUCAUUGCAAAUUUUGUUGAAUCUCCUCGAAGAGCAAUCACUUGGGUUCAAUGGCUCGCGCCGCCUCUUGGCUGUUUAAAACUCAACACAGAUGCAUUCUACUCUGCCAAUGGCGCAGCGGGAGGGGCCUGCCUUAGAAACGCAAAUGGAAGUCUCAUUAUUGCACUUCGUUUCCCUUUGGUGGCUUCUUCUGCUCUGGAGGCAGAAGCAUUGGCCUUGCGCUUUGCCCUCCAAUGGUGUGAGCUUACAGCCACAAUUCCAUUCAUAAUUGAAGUGGAUUCUCUCUCUUGCUCUCACUGCAUCCUCCCAAACAGUAAAGAUUCCUUGGAAGAUAAUGGAAGCAGUUCAGUACAUCCGUUCUUACCUUUCUUUGUGGGGUUCAACCCUGACACAUAUCUAUAG